UGAUUUAAUGUAUAGCCAUUCAGAUUAAAAUAUAUAUCAUAUAUAUGAAUAUAUAAACAUAUACUGUACAUGUAUAACUGCAUUGAAUCGUCAAAUUCAGUGGGUGGCGCUGUCGUUAAGAGCUUUCUGGACGUGGGGUUCUCAAACUCCUUUCGAAAGCAGGAACUUACUUGUGGCGUUCUAAUUCCUGUAGAGUUUAACUGUUGCAUGACGCCCUCUUGUGGUAACGUUUUGCAUCUUCUUCAAGAAAAACGUACUGAACUUUGAAUUAUCUGACAGUUUGGUAUCUGUAUGUUCUAGGUAUCUGUACUCAAAUGCACUUUUAUUAAAACUCAGUUUAGGUCCUUGUAUAUUUUUGCCGAUCCUGUUGAUUUUGUUGUUGGACUUAGCCGUCAUUGCUUACAAAGACUGGGCAAUUGGUCAUUAGUCUGUCUAUACCGCACUGAUUAUGACCACAGCUUCUCACCACACACGCAUAUGGACCAGGAGACAACACCCCUCCUUCAGAUCAGACAUCGUUGCCUAGCAACACACUGCCGAGUGGCCCAGGGGGGCGGGAUCAAGACACUUGGCAUCAGCAGUAAUUACAGUAUGUUUGUGAGCCUCCACAGGUGCAUGGUGUGUGUCAGGAAACACAUCUAGAAUACAGAUGAAAAAGUAGAACUGGAAACAAAAGUAUUUUUUUAUAUAACUAAAUAUGUAAAUAUCUAUACAUAUAUGCAUAUACAUGUAUGAUUAAACAUAAAUACAUAUAUAAUUAUUUUUUUUACCGAAUAGCUGUAUUUAAUCAGAAUUUUAAGUACUAAUAAGUAAAAAAAAAAAACAAAAAAAAAAAAAAACAUAGCCCUGACACUGUUUUGUUGUGACAGCAGUUCGUCACAGUGUUGUCAUCAAUGAUAGUCUUUAGCCUGAAUAUUACCCUCUGUGUGCCAGGCAUAUCUCUAAAAGGAAGUGAAAGGCCCCACUGACUGCGUGAGCGUUAAAACAGCCAGGCCUGUGAGCUCACAACAGUGUUUACUCAGAUGAGUUUAACAUAUAAUUUACCUCCGGCUAACAAAGAGGUUUUUAUGCGUGGGUGAGAGACAUGACUUUGUUUUCAGACUAUUACACAAACAAGAUCACAGCAUGAUCACUGCCACGGUAACUACUACGUCUCAUCGGCAUCUCUCCGACCCAACAUUUUUGAACAGAAGCAAGGCAAACUUAAAACAUGAGUAGAUUACUUAAAUUGAGUCUUUAAAACCAUGCAGCCUUUCGACUGAUAAUGAUUUCUUUAAACCAGGAUUUCCACAAGAAUGCAUUUCAAUUUGCGAAAGUUAAAUUAAAAGCUAUUACAACAAUGGUUCUGAACAAAUCAGAACCAACUAUUCCUGAGAUUAAAGUUCAAGAUAAUGAAGAUGAAUGGUGUAAACUGGCCUUACUCUGGCCUACACUCUGAUAAUAAUAAUAAAAAAGAUUCCAGAAACGUCUGCUUAUUUCAGAGGGGAUAAGGUAUCAAAUACAUUUCCUUUGCAACCUUAAAUACCAGCAUAUUUUAGAAAUAAAAUAAAAUAAAAUGUUAUUUAAAAUCUGUAUUUUGAGAAGCACUCAAAUCCCUAAUCAACACAAAAAAUGGGCAACAAAAUAGGAUUUUGCUUUCUUUUUUUUUCUUUUAUAUCUGUAUUUUUCUUUGAGUUUUUCUUUUUCUUUGAGUUUCUUCUUCCUGUUUCCACCACAAAGUGGAAACAAACAGACUCGUUCGUGCGUGGGUGAACACACGCACACACGCCUCCUUUUCCCGUUCGCCCAGCCCCCAACCUCCCCGAAGCCCCGCCCACCACAUGCGCUCUCAUACUAUCUUGACUACCAUCUUUUGCUGUAUCUAACAGCGGCCCACGUCGCACAGAAUCAUGGGAGUUGGCGUCCUUGUAGCCCAGUGCGAGUCCAGAAGGCGAGGCUUCACCAAAAUACAACUCCCAUCUCGACCCUCGCACGGCGACUUCCACCGUCCAAUCUGAAUAUGUGGGAGGAGCGCGUCCGCCCACAAAAGCCACAGCUAUCUCCCUUAUCUGCCCCUUAAAAAUCAAUUGUGCACGAAAAAGGGGAAAUGCGAGUAAAAUACCAAGACUGGUGACGGUUUGUUUUCGCUGCACGACCGACAACGACGACGUGUCCCCUCACGGAAAAAGAGUAACGGCGGCGUUAGGCAGAAGCAGCGGCGGAGAGGGUGUUGUCCUGAUGCCUAAAUGGAAGUGGGUGGGCCUCCACGGUCACACACUGCCAACUUCUCUGUGGAUAUCUCCGUGACAAGCUACACUUUGCUCGUUUAUGGUGUGUCCACCCGCUGACGAAGACGUUCGGCGGGGCUGCAGGAGGUUUGCUCGGGCCGGGGGACCGUCACUUGUGCGCACCGUUAUUUCCGUUAUUCGGGGCUGGUCGAUUGUGCCUGCGAUUGGCACCGCCCUUCCUGGCCGGUGGGUGGUAUCGUCAAACGGGCAGAUCCGCCACGGCCCAGCGCUAAACAUAUAGGCCGUCCUCCGCCUCCGUACCCGGCCGGCCUUCUACCGUGAACUACACCCUCUCCCUUUCGGUAUAUUAAUGCGUUAUGAGUGACUCCAAGAAGGAAUCAUCUGGAACUGAAGGAGGGAAAGCAUCUAAAAAGGGGAAAAGUUCUGGAUCACAGGAUUCCUCCCAGCCCUCUCCGUUGGCUCUGCUAGCUGCCACCUGCAGUAAGAUCGGAGGGCAGGGAGGAACAGAAGGGGCCCAGGCCCAGGCCCAGGCAGGGGCCCAGCAGAUUCAGGUGCAGGCCGGUCAGAUCCAGCUGCAGGCAGGUCAGCUCCAAGGUCAAAUAGUUGUGGACGCAGCAGGGGGGCAGACCCUUGUCCCCCAACAGCUGGAACUGGUUCCCGCUCAGUUCACAGGAAACGGCUGGCAGAUCAUCGCAGCAGCUCCUGCUAUGGCAAAAGAGAACACCAAUCAGCCCGUGGCAGUGACGGUGGCGUCCACAUUGGGAAAUGACAGCUCACCUGGUGGACGCAAGGUGAAAACAGUGGCUGGCACCAACAGCUCUGCUGCCGGUCAACAACAGCAGCAGUUCCAGAUAAUCCAGGUUCAGAAUCUGCCCAAUGCUGGGGGCGGGGUUCAGUAUCAGGUCAUCCCUCACCUGCAGACUGCAGAUGGCCAGCAGAUCCAUAUCAGCUCAGCUCAGCCGACCACCCUCGGGGCACUAACGGAGCAAGUUCAACUCAUUCAGACACCAAGUCCAGGUCAGACCCAGGCCAUCCUGCAGCCGUCCAAUCAACAGGCCAUCCUGACAAGUACUGCUAAUCAGACGGUACCGCUACAGAUUCGUCCGGCCCAGUCCUUCCCACUGCAGCUGCAGACUCUGCAGAGUUCGCAGACUCCUGUCAUGACCACGGUACCCAUAAACCUUGGAGGCAUGACCCUGGCUUUGCCUGUAAUUAAUAACGUUGGAGGGGGCGGGCCCAUGCAGCUCAUCCAAUCGGCAGAUGGAACGUUCUCUGUUACCAAUGGCAACCAGUUGAUGACCACAGUUCCUGGCGGAGCUCUUUCUACAGCUUCAGCUGGCAUAGUUCCAGCAGGUGCUGAGGGUGAGGGCGUGUCUGAAGGGCCACAAGUGCUUUCUGCUGGAUCAGAGGGAGGGUCAGCUGACACCCAGGUGCAGAGCAGCGAGGCCAACUCUCAAAAUCAGAACCAAGCAAACGGACUGCAGACCCAGGCAGACACUGGUGGAUCCAUACAGCAGGUGAUUGUGGGGCAGGUGGGGCCCCAGUUGUUGCAGCAGAUCCAGCUGCAGCCCCAGACUCAGAAUCAGGGUCAGGCCCAGGUCCAGCAACAACCUCAGCACAUUCAAACUCUUCAGCUCGCCCCAGGUCAAACUCUUCAACCCAUCCAGGCUUUCCAGAACCCAGCACAGGUCCUCAUUCGUACCCCAACACUGUCACCUUCUGGGCAGAUCACCUGGCAGACCCUGCAGUUGCCCGGUGGCGUCUCUCUACAGGGCAGCUUGGGGACAGCGGUGCCACAGCAGCUGACCCUGGCCCCCGUAGCCGGCGGAACGACGGUGGGAAGUGGAGGGCUGGUCUCCCUGAGUGGAACCCCCCUAACACUCAGUACAGCACAGCUCAACCCAGGCACCGGGGUACAGACGGUCAGCAUUGCAGGGCUGGGCACUGCUGGAGUCCAGGUGCAGGGUGUUCCCCUCACCAUCACUGGUUUACAGGGUCAACCACAGGGUCAGGAGGGGGUCAAAGUUCAGUCAUCUUCAGUGACAGUUGCUGUUGGCAAUGUGGCACCAGGGUCAUCCAUGAGUCCAGACCAGCUGGGCUCCGUACAGAGUUCUUCAGACCAGGAAGGACCUCCGAGCAAGAGGCUCAGACGUGUGGCCUGUUCAUGUCCAAACUGCAGGGAUGGAGAGGGAAGGAACAGUGGUGACCCUACAAAGAAGAAGCAGCACAUCUGCCACAUGGAGGGCUGUGGGAAGGUGUACGGCAAGACGUCUCACCUGAGGGCUCACCUGCGCUGGCACACCGGGGAGAGGCCGUUUGUCUGCAACUGGAUCUUUUGUGGCAAGAGGUUCACGAGGAGCGAUGAGCUGCAGAGACACCGGAGAACACACACAGGAGAAAAGCGAUUCGAAUGUCCCGAAUGCUCCAAACGCUUCAUGCGCAGCGACCACCUGUCCAAGCACAUCAAGACUCACCAAAACAAGAAGGGCGGCGCCGCCGUGGCCAUCAUUACCACUGAUGACAUGGAGGAAGAGGCCGCUGAAGGCCUUGGCGCCUCGCCUCAGAUUAUUACUGUGGCCACACUGUCGCGUGAUUCUGAACCCGCUACACCCACCACUUCGAAUCACCUGGAGGAAGAGGAGGAAGAAGAGGAGGAGUUUGAAUAGGGCAACAUGUGACGACUGACUUCCUGUACUCUUGCGAGUCUCUGCAGGGACUGUGACAGUUUCUUCUUUUGCUCAGUUUCUUUUACAUGAUUUAACAUGUUCUCCUAAUGAAAAAGGACUUGAAGAGACAUAUAAUCAUACAACUGACAUCCUGAUUUAAAAAUUUAAAAAAAGACAUCCUGCAGAUAAUAAACUAUAUUGAUAAUAAAUGUUAAAAAUAUCCUAAACAAAUUUAAAAAAUAGUUUGGCUUGAAACAAAUCUAGAAUUCCAGGCUCUGUAAGUAAAGGAAUAUAAGGAGUGUAAUUUAGCACAAGACACAGGAACCUGACAUCAAGAGACAAUUCUCCCAACAUUCUUAACAGAAUCUAAGUCUAUGCACAAAGUUACGUUCCUGUUUCAUACCUGUCAGACAGUGCUGAGGGUCAAUCAUGGUGCAGGACUGUUGGAGCAGAGUUCAGAGCACAGACAGUCUUGGGAUUGUGUGUGUGUGUAAAAGUGUGUGUGAUUGUGCGUGUGUGUCCCCUGGCUGUCUCUGAGAGGAUCUACCUAAUUUAAGUUUUAUUCAUGGUUCAGGUUUAGUGCUUGGAUCAGAUUCAGGUGUCAACUCCUACGAGACUAGUCGCUGAUUACAUUGUUGAAGAAUUUAAAGAAUAGAGAGAGAACGAGCGUUGAAAAAAAAAGCACAUAUGAAAAGAUUUAUAAAUAAUGCAUUCCUAAUGAGGCGCAGUGGCCAUUAGAAAAACAAGAGAGGUUUCUAUAAUAAUAAAAAAAAACAAUCCAGCUUUCCACAACUUUGUUUUUGUAGAGAAAGCAAUACUAUAAUGACAAUCCUAAUGAAACCAUGUUUACAUUGUUUGGGGGAAUUUUAAAGCUAGUUUUUCCAAGAUGGGAGGGAGUGGGGGUCCGACCCUGGUCGUUGCUGCUGUCGUCUGACCCAUGCCAGCUCACUUUUUUUUGCAGGUGCUGCGUCAACAGUGGAUGUUACCUGGCAGGCGUGGGAGUGGUUUUAUCUGACUUUUAUCUGGUUGCAAUCUCCUCCUUCACCUUUGAACCCCAAACGUGACCAUGUACCACGGUUGCCUUAACACAAGCCGGUGUGCAGAGGGAACGUUAAGAGAGAGGAUGUCAGAGAUGGAGGUGGGGUGACGUGGAGAGCAGACCACAGCACAGACAGACGAAUCGGGGGGCUAAUUUCGGGCGGGCGGGUGGAUGCGGUUCGAGCUACUUAAUUAUGUGGAUAUUUGAGAUGUUUUCUGGUGGUGUUGCUGUGUUAGUUCAGUGCGUACAAGCUUUUGUUGAAUUUAAAAAAAUUCUAAUUAUUUUCUAGAAUUUAUCAUUUCAAAAGUCCACUUUCUGGUGUUUUAACACAGGACCCCACUGUGUAUGCUUAAUUUAUUAUUUAUCCUUUAUUUGUAAGAUUUGACUGGACUUGUAUUUGUGUGCUUUAAUUCUGAGGUUGUGUAUACAGCAUGUUUCAGUUCUUUGACGUAGUGCUGCUUCUCUCACUCUCCCUUAAUCUUUGUGCUUGUUUUUGUUUUUUUCCUACGUCUAACCAAUGCCGUUUAACUUCGAUUUGCGCCAUAAAUUUUUUGAAGAAAAGAAGAUGAUUUACAAGAUGAAGAAGGAAGCAAAAAAUGUAAUAUUGUUUGAAGUUGAAAAACAACUUUAGAUGUUUUUUGGAAAUAUUUUGUGUGGACAGCCGAUUUUUUUUUUCUUUGAGAUUUUGUAGUGACAUCUCAUUUGUAAAUCUUUUUCUAAAGAUGUUUGUUCGUCUCCAUGACAUUUGAUAAUGGGUUUUUUGCCAGGUUAGCCUCAAAGGCUGAGUCUAUUGAUAUUUUUUAAAAAACUGGUUUGUACAAACGUGUUAUGUCCAUUUAAAAAAAAAAAAAAAAGAAGGAAAA